UUGAACAAUUCCUUCUCCAAACAAAACCUAGUUUAGACUCCAAUAAUAAUCUUUUGGCCCAGUUCUGGGAAGCACUAUUUCGAUGCAAAUUUCCAACAAAUGAUUCUAAAACAAAUGCUUCUGUUGUAGAAGAACGAGUGUGUACUGGAUCAGAGGACAUUAAGAGUACAAAGACAGAAUAUACUGAUGUAUCACAGAUUAGAGGUUCCUUUAAUGUCUAUGAAGCUGUGUAUGCCAUUGCACAUGCCUUACAUAAAUUAGCUUCUUGUGAAAAUGGAAAAGGGCCCUUCAGGAACAAUACCUGUGCAUAUAUGUCAAAUGUACAACCAUGGCAGGUUUUCCAUUAUCUUAAAAACAUGAGUUUUACAACUCGCUCAGGAGACAGAAUGGCAUUUGAUGAAAAUGGUGACACACUUCCAGUCCUUGAUAUAAUAAACUGGCAGAAAGACAAAGAUGGCACCAUGAUAAUCAAAACUGUGGGUUUUUUUAAUGAUUCAGCUGUAGCUGGGCAGAAGCUUACGAUUAAUGAAAGCAGUAUAUUCUGGAAUUUUGAUUCAGGAAAGACCCCUAAAUCAAUCUGCACUGAAAGCUGUCUUCCUGGUACAAGAAUAGCAACAAGAAAAGGAGAGCCAGUCUGCUGUUUUGACUGUGUGCCAUGUGCAGAUGGGGAAAUUAGCAGUGGAAUAGGUGCCACUGAAUGUCUGAAGUGUCCACAGGAUUUCUGGUCAAAUGAUAAAAGAAGCCAAUGUGUGUUAAAGGAAGUUGAUUUUCUGUCAUUUGGUGAUGCUAUGGGAAUCACUUUAACUACAACUGCUUCCAUUGGAGUCUUUCUAUCACUUGGUGUGCUGGCCAUAUUUAUCAAUUACAGAAACACCCCAGUUGUGAAAGCUAACAACUCAGAACUCAGCUUUCUCUUGCUUGGCUCGCUAACACUGUGCUUCCUUUGCUCUUUGUGUUUCAUUGGGCAACCAUCAGACUUAACUUGCAGGGUGAGGCAUGUUGCAUUUGGAAUUAGUUUUGUUCUCUGUAUAUCUUGCAUUCUAGUGAAAACAAUUGUUGUAAUAAUAGCUUUUAAAGCUACAUUACCGGGUAAUAACAUAAUGAAGUGGUUUGGGGUUACUCAGCAGCGAGGCACCAUUCUGUUUUUCACCAUUAUUCAAAUUAUCAUAUGUAUAAUAUGGCUGAACACUGCACCACCAUUUUCAUCCAGAAACACUAAAAAUCAAAAUGUGAAAAUUAUAUUUGAAUGCGAUGUCGGGUCAGUAACUGGAUUUAGCUGCCUUCUGGGAUAUAUUGGUCUUCUGUCAUGUGUCUGCUUCAUUUUAGCUUUCCUGGCAAGAAACCUACCUGACACAUUCAAUGAAGCCAAGUUCAUCACUUUCAGCAUGCUGAUCUUCUGUGCUGUGUGGAUCACAUUCAUACCUGCUUAUGUGAGCUCUCCAGGAAAAUACACAGUGGCUGUAGAGGUGUUUGCUAUAUUGGCAUCCAGCUUUGGACUUCUUGCUGCAAUAUUUGCUCCAAAAUGUUAUAUAAUUUUGCUCAGACCUGACUUAAACACAAAGAAAGCCUUAUUGGGAAGAGAGCAGAAAAACAAAUAAUUUGCAUCACCU